GUUACUCUCCAUUAAGCGACGAACGUGCGGCACAAUGACGCUGGGGGCGACCUAGAUUUUCCAGGGUUUUCUUGCGCGACGAGGUUGCGGGCUCGGUACAUCGACUGCGGGCGCUCGUUUGGAGCACCUCGAAGAGCAAGGCUCUCUCGCAUGCUCUAGGCGUGGGAACGCACCGUAACCGUGUAUAAAUUCGCUCUAGCAAAGCGCUUGAGCUCUCUCGGAGGUAGGAGCGCGGGUGCGAGAAAGAGAGGACGAAAGAGAGAAGAGCGUGAGGGGGGGAGAGAGAGAGAGAGAGAGAGAGAGAGAGAGAGAGAAAGAGAGAGAAAGAGAGAGUGAGAAGAGGACGGCGCGCGUGUACGACGCCGAGCGGUAUGAGCAACGCUUGCUUGCGCAACUUCUUUUCCGCGCUCGCUAUCCCCGCAACGUGCCGCACAACGCACUGUACCAAAUUAAUACAGUGUAGCCGUGCGAGCAAGCCACGCUCGGCUAAAUGCCAACAACGCGAGCCCCGCAACAAUUGAUCGCAGCCGCCGCCACGCCGCGCUCCCGGAUGUCCGAGCGUCGUGCGCGAACGUUCCUCCAACCGCGCCAAGAAUGCUCGCCAUCACGUUGGGACUACGGCGUGGCCGAGAGGGUAUUGUCGUCCAAAAGAAGAAAAAAAAAAAAAAGAAAAAAGAACGAAGGUCGGCAAGUUUGGGAAAUAUCCGGGAACGUUAGAUCCGCGCUGCUAUCUCGGUACCGUUGGCCGAGGAGCCCGAGGAGUUCCACGUUGACCAGCCGGUUGUAGUCGUUUCAGGAAAUUUAAUGUCCUAAAUUAAAGAAGUUUAAAGGACCUUGGGAUUACCACGUUAAGAUCGAAAGGGUUCCCCAAUUGGAAAACACAUAGGAAUGUUAGAUUAGGCACGCGGUGUCUUGGCGAGACCGUCGUCUCGGCGGCGAAGAAACGCAGCGAGAAGAAAAAAAGAGAUACCACAGAGUUCCCGCCAUGUUGAGACGAGCGUGGGAUGUUAAACUGCCGUUUAAAGGAACACCUCACGGGUUCCAAUUUAAAUAAUCCUGGGGCUAUCGGCCGACCAGUUUAGGCCGCUAAAGCUAGUUAGAGAAUAUUCGGAAACGUUGUUGUGAGUCCGCGACGCUACUUCCGUGUGGCUGUUCGAGGAGUCAAAGUUCCACGCGGAUGAACGUGGGAUAUAUGGCUGCAGUGCCGUUGAUAUACCGCCAUUGUUUAAGGACAUUCGAGCUUCCAGCGCAAAGAACUUUAAGAUCGCGUGUGUGCACCCAAUCGAACUAUUUACGUCACAAGUCAGCGAACAUUGCAAAAGCCGCAUUACAAAACCCACAUGGCGAUUGUGUGUUAAACUCGUCGAAUAUGUACGAGAACAAAUACAAAGAACAAGCUCUUCCAGAAAGAUUCAAUUGUCAGACGAGAGAAAUGAAAAAAAACCCAUCCCAAUGAACAUCCCUAAGAAGCUAAAUAACCUUCUUUGCUGUCUUCCCGCAGGUAGUCCGUGGAAGCCAAGGAUGCGGUGGUGGAUGGGGUGGAGCCGAAGGCGCCGCGUUUGAAACGAAGCCACCCAGCCGAGCACGACGAUCAUCUCCAUCGUCGUCGUCGUCGUCGUCGUCGUCGUCGUCGUCGUCGUCGUCAUUGUCAUCGUCGUCGUCCGACAGACUUGAGCGUACUCACCGGUCGCCCGGGUUAUCGCGAGCGGCAGCACCAAGAGCAGCACCCAACGUGAGCACAACGAGCGUCGUCGUAUCGCUUCCAUGGACCUGACGGAGGCUUUUGCGCCGGGAGGUGGCGGCGAGGACCUGCCGAAGACUGACUUCUUCGACUUUGUGGUGUCGCCGCCGCCGCACUGCGCCUCCGCCGACGGCGUCUCCGACGAGGAGAGCUUCCUGCACCGCGGCGGCUGUCGCAGCAUGGGUUACCUCCAACAGAGCCACGAGGACCACGAGAACCCGCGCGCCGAGCUGCACAGCUCGCCGUUCCUCAAGGAGACCAACAACAAUACGCUCACGGCGUUGCCGCCCGUCUCGACCAUCACCGGCUCGCUCAGCCACCAUCAGCACCAUCAUCACGCUCACCAUCAGGUCGGCCGCUCGCAACAUGGUGGGGUUCAACAGUCCAACGACGCCAGCGCCAUGGACCAGUCCGAGUGCGACUACUGGGGCACCGCCGAGGACGAGGGCAAAGAGCAGACGUGCAACAUCCUGUUGGAGGACCUCAACAAGUACUGCUGGUCGUCGAACGCGCACACCAACGACGCCGGGGUCAUUCAUCAGGCCGGGCCCAACGACCACCACCAGGCAGUGGGCGGUCGUGGUUGUAACGCCACCGACCGGCAGAACACGGACGGUGCGAUUUACACGUUGACGGUGCUCAACAAUGAGGCCAACUCGAUGGACGCGUUGGACUGCUGCAAGAGCCCGGCGCCCGCUUCCGGCGACUCUUGGUCCCUCCGACCGAACCUCGACUUGGACGCUAUCCUCAGCAUGGAACCGUCCGCCACUGAGCAGGAUCACGAGCAACAGACGGCCGGCGACGUUAGCAGGAGCGUGAACGAUAGGUUUCACCCGGACCGCUUCACCGUGCCGACGUCGCAGUACACCACGGACGACAGCGGUUUCGUCGAGAGCAAGGAGCUGUGCGCGCGAGCUACCUCGGCCAAUUGCUCCGGCGACAAUAACAACGACUGGAAGCUGUCGGACCAGAACCUGCAGGAGGUCGCUGCCGCGGCGGCGGCCGCGGUUGCCGUCGGCGCCGGCGACUCCGCCGAGAGCCUGCUGCGAAGCGCUCUUCAGGGUAAGCUCUACACCGGGCCCACACAGUCGGUCUCCUCGUCUUCGCCGUCCUCGCAAGCCUCUACCAUUUCGAUGCCGGUCUCGGCUAGCAGCGGCCUCCUGGUGCCUGACCAGCAGCAACAGCAGCAGCAACAGCAGCAGCAACAGCAACAGGAGGAUUCCAUGCACGCGUGCACCGACGAGGACCUCCUGCUGUCGCAGUUGGACCAGACGACCUACCGACCGGGCGACUAUGAGAAGUUGAAGAGCAUCGCGAACGAGGUGGUGGAGUCGUACUGCAGCUUAGAGCCGGUCUGCAACGUGUCGGCCACCACCACAGUCAUGUACACGUUGGACCCAGCGAGCGGCAGCUUGGGCACCAUUACGUUACCGGCUGAUUUAGGUCAGGUGAGCACCGUGACGGUGGUUACGGCCGCUCAGCAAGACGUUCUUCAGCAGCAGACCGCCCAACGUGGACCCGACGUGGACCAGCAGCAGCAACAGCAGCAGCAGCAGCAGCAGCAGCAGCAGCAGCAGCAGCAGCAUCAGCAACAGCAACAGCAGCAGCAGCAGCAGCAGCAGCAACAGUCGAGUCAACUGCAGCUCACCUCAGCCCGGGUCGGUGUGACCACGAAGCCGGCGAAGAAGUACUGCAGGCGCGCCAACCGCAACAGCAAUAACGCCAACGGCGCAAGCAACGGCAAUGCCAGCGGCGAAACCGGUGGCAAUGCCGGCGGCCAGCCGCAAGCCGGUUCCGGCGGCUCGCCCGGCAGCGUCCAGCGCAAGGAGCGCUCGCUGCACUACUGCAGCAUCUGCAGCAAGGGCUUCAAGGACAAGUACAGCGUGAACGUGCACAUCAGGACGCACACCGGCGAGAAGCCGUUCGCCUGCUCGCUCUGCGGCAAGAGCUUCCGCCAAAAGGCCCACUUGGCCAAGCACUACCAGACCCACGUCACCCAGAAGCCCAGCAUCCAGCAGACCGCCAGCGCCGGCGGCGCCGCCGGCGCUGGAAGCGCGGCUGCUGGCGGCAACAACGGCAACGUCAGUCCCACGGCGGACAGCAACACUACCGCUUCAGCGUCUUCCGCUAUCGCCAGCAGGAGUCAAGUGGACCCCACGGGAGCCGCUUGCAACCCUCCCAGUUAGUUCGCCGGUCGACCACGACUGCGAGACGAUCGUCCCUCUUCUCGUCGGCGAUUUUAUAGUUUUAUGUUUUUCCGCUAUAUUUUUUCCCCGUUUCUCUGUUUUAUUAUUCCUUUUUCCGCGGGAAGGAUAACGAGGCCGUGGCUGGUCUUCUCUUCCUUUCCUUGUUCUCCAUCCUUGUCUUUCUUCUUUUCCUCUCUUUUGUUUUUUUUUUUUAUAUACGAGUAUAUACGCAGGCGUGGAGCGAAGCGCGACGAUGAUGAUUUCCAUGACGGGAAGAGGUAGAGUUUCUUUUCUUUCUUUUCUUUCUCUCCUUGUCGCGUGCGAGAAAGAGCGAACCAUGACGCAUCGUGUACCGGGUGUCGCUGAGCGGACUCUCGCGCGUGAGGAAGCGUGAGGAAAAGUAAAUUUUUCGAGAGUCGUGCGACUGGAAUUAAGUUACGCGUGUCGAAGUUGCUCCGACUUGGCCUGAUCGAUCUUGGGUUAACUUGAGUCACUUGACUCGAAUCAACUGGACGAAGCGUCGCUCGACCGGAAGUAACUCAAUCGACAUGUCUGACGGAACUUGGGUUGCAGCAGCAGAAAAAAUCAAUUUCAAAUCAUUCGAAGGAUGGGGCUCGUCCUUUGAGACACCUUGUACAUUGACGAGCAUACGAUCGGAGUUUCGCAUAGCCGGCGAUUAUAAACGAAGGAUCGGUUCGAUGGAAGAGCUAAUUAAGAGCCUCGACCUUAGUUUGCGAGAUUUUCUAUCCUAACGGUAGCAGCUUGUCGUUCCCGCGCCGCCGCGUUUUUAUAUUAAUUAUUAAUUAAUUACGGACGAUCGAGGAGCUCUCAGGCGCUCCCCCUACUAACAUGACACCCGUGAAAUUGUUGUUCCUACCAUGAUUCAAUUACCGUUAAUGACGACGACGACGACGAGGACCAUGACAAUGACGACGAGGCGGACAGAAUGACGAGAGUUUUACAGGCUAAUUACGACAAUUAACGAUAUUUAAUA